UGAAGAUACAGAACUGAAAUUGCUUUGCUUUCUUUACAAAUGACUCAGUGUGCUUGUCCUUCCCUAAAAUGUUGCCAGCGUGUGAAGGAUUUUCAAUGAGCAAUGCUAUAAGCCAGCAUCUGGGAAGGUUUGGAGCUGCACUGGUGUGCCAGUGCACUGUGACAGAGGAGCAGGGCUGGAGCCAAGGCUCUGUAGCACUGUAGAUCAUAUUGGUCACAUACUGGAAGUUUUGUUUAUGUAACUUAGUUCCAUUUGAGCUCGUUAAAUACUAUUGCCAUAAUGUGGAGUGGACUUCCCAGCAGAGGCACUACUGCACUUCCCACCCUUGUGCGCACACCUACCUUGAUGAUGCAGCCUUCCCUGGAUAUCAAACCCUUUAUGUCCUUCCCUGUGGACAGCAGCUCUGCUGUUGGAUUCUUCCCAAAUUUUAACACAAUGGAUCCUGUGCAAAAAGCAGUCAUAAACCAUACCUUUGGAGUGUCCAUUCCCCCAAAGAAGAAACAAGUCAUUUCCUGUAAUGUCUGCCAGCUUCGCUUUAACUCUGAUAGCCAGGCCGAGGCCCACUACAAAGGAAGUAAGCAUGCCAAGAAGGUCAAAGCACUAGAGGCAACGAAAAAUAAACCAAAAGUUGGGUCUUCCAAGGACAGCGCAAAGGCUAACCCAAGCUGCUCCACGCCAGUCACAGCCAACAUCUCUGACAAAUCAGAAGAUAAAGGGAAAGUAAAAUCCAACAGUGCAGGUCAGCAUUCCAGUACAGAAGUGGGUGCUUUUCUUCCCAAAACUGGAGUGGCAGCAGUGGCACCUGUAACACCUACAGCAUCCUCCAAGAGCACAAAUGGGGCUUCUAGCACAGCGUCCGAGUCAGAAGAGGAAAAAGCCAAAAAACUACUUUACUGUUCCUUAUGCAAAGUGGCUGUGAAUUCCCUGUCACAACUAGAAGCACACAAUACAGGCUCCAAACACAAGACGAUGGUCGAGGCUCGGAAUGGUGCUGGUCCCAUCAAGUCUUACCCCAGACCUGGCUCCCGGCUGAAGGUGCAGAAUGGCAGUAAAGGCUCAGGACUGCAGAACAAGACAUUUCAUUGUGAAAUCUGCGAUGUCCACGUUAACUCAGAAAUUCAACUUAAACAGCACAUUUCCAGCCGAAGGCAUAAGGACAGAGUUGCAGGAAAGCCUAUGAAACCUAAAUACAGUCCUUACAACAAACUGCAGCGCAGCCCAAGUAUUUUAGCAGCAAAGCUUGCAUUCCAGAAGGACAUGAUCAAGCCGCUGGCCCCUGCGUUUCUCUCCUCGCCGCUGGCCGCUGCUGUGUCAUCGGCGCUGUCACUGCCAGCCCGCCCCGCAGCCUCGCUCUUCCAGGCGCCUGCCAUCCCCCCAGCCCUCCUCAGGCCGGGCCAUGGGCCCAUCCGUGCUACACCUGCCUCCAUACUUUUUGCACCAUACUGAGUCUGUUGGUGUUAAAGGCAGAUAACUAUGGCCAGUAGGAAGGGUGGAAGAAUAGCGAGCUAGGGGUCUUUUGAAACGCCACCCAGCGUGACAUCUCAACCAUUUUCACCAUAAAGCUCAUCGCUGACGGUACUGCGUUUUGAAGUCUAGACAACUCUCUUUCUUGGUCUCUCCCUCUCUCUUGAUCCAAAUAGAGAGUGAUUUACUAAAAACUUAAUUGCUCAUAAAAUUGUAUCAUUAGAGAUUAAUGCAUCUAUUAUUAUUUUUUGCAACGUGUAUGACGCACCUUGGAAACAAGGAACGUAAAAUAUUUUCCUGACAGACUUGAAAACUAGGGUCUUCCUCGCUCACACCUACGUACAUAGCUCUCUGAAAACCACAGGGGUGUAAUCUAGUGUGAAAAAAGGUAGGUGAGCCAAGUGCUUGAUCAUGGGUAACAUCUCCAAAUGAACUGCGUCCUUUUCUUUUCAGUGUGCUCUUGUUCACAGGGAUUGUGUACUGUCCUAGGCCCCAGUACUGGUGUAUCUUGUGUAGUACUAAAGAUGUACUGCGUCUGAUUUUAAGAUUUUUAGUUUCUGUGCAGUUGUUUGAAAGCAAUGCAGCGCUGAAGCUUUUUUUUUUAAUUUUAUCUUUUGUGUCAGACUUUAUUUAGAGAGAUUAAAACUAGAAAGCCAUAUAACACAUAGUUAAGAUUACUACUUGUUUGCUACUUUAACUUAUUUUCAUUGUUUCUUUGCUGAUGUUGCUAAGCAAUGUUUAAAGAGGAAAAAAAAAAGCUUUUCAAUUGCACAUUACCACAACUCAUAUGCAUUGUUCAAGAUGACAAUGGAUCCGUGUAAUUGUACGUAAAUAUCCUUUUUUUCCAUUUCUAACUAGUUUCCUUCGUAAUGAUGCUGCAUAAUGUUGUGGCUCCCUAAUGCAAUAAUGUACAGAACAUGAAAUAUUUAUAAUUGACUGUCUUAUCUGUUUACUGAAUAUAUUGCAGUAAUGGCCCACCUCUCUUCUUACCUCCCCAGCCCUUUUAUAAAGGUAAUAUCAAUAUGCAGUACUCAUACUGAAGUCAUUAUGUGACAAUGGGGACAACAGGUGGAAGAAAGGAAAUAUAUAUACAGAAUUAACUUUUAGAGCAUCUUUAUCUGCAAUCCAUAAUAGUAAAAUGUCUGUGUAUUUUUUUAAAUGUAUCUUUUCAAUAAAAUAAUAAGAAAAAUA